AUCAACUCUCCAAGAAGUAAUGAAAUCGGGUCAGAAAAACUUUGUAUUGGAUUGCCCAAUUCAACAUCUGACAGAGUUAUUGUCACAAAUUCAGCAAAUAGGAAUGUUAACAACUGAUUAUAGUUUUUUACUGACCAACAUUGAUGCUCAUACAAAGGCUCAUACAGGAGAAUUAACCCCCUUCAUGUACAGUGAAGCAACUAUAACAGGGGUUCACAUCAUGAAACCAGAAGAUGAUCUAUCGACACGAGUAAGUAAAGAACUCUGUCAUCUGUACAAAGUAACUUUCAACGAGGACUGUGGAUCGAAUUCCCUCCACGACUACCCAGAACUGGAUUCGGAAACAGCUUCUAUUAUCGACGCUGUUCACGUUUUUUCGGAUGCACUAAUAGAAGCAGGUGUCAAUGAGAGCCAAUCUCUAGACUGUGAUGGGGUAGACAGUUGGUCACAUGGUCUCACUAUUAUCAAUGUCUUGAAAUCAGGAACAUACAAAGGUCUCACUGGUACCAUAGAGUUUGGUAACGAUGGUUUUCGUAGAACUUUUCAGCUGACCAUUUUCCAACUGUUACAAGGAAGCCUGAUAGAUAGGGGAAGUUGGAACACAACAUCAGGGAUUGACAUGGAAAUUGAUAUACGCGCGAUGGAUGCCGAAGAUAGUGAAGAAAGUAUGGUGAACAAAAAAUACGUGGUUUUGAUAUCACUGACAAAACCAUAUGCCAUGUUGAAAGAAACUCCAGAACGUUUGAUUGGAAAUGAUAAAUAUGAAGGCUUUGCGAUAGAUUUGAUUGGGGAAAUCUCUAAGAUAGAAGGAUUCCAAUAUACCCUCAAAGUAAGAGAAGACAAUAAGCAUGGAGUAUUUGAUGCCAUGUCUGGAAAAUGGACUGGAAUGAUUGGAGAUAUAAUAGAAAUGGAAGCUGAUAUGGCGAUAUCUGAUCUAACAAUCACUCAGGAUAGGUUGGACCCUGUAGAGUUCACCCAGCCUUUCAUGAGCACAGGUAUCAGCAUCCUCUACCGCAAACCAAUGGAAACACCUCCUGAGUUUCUCUACUUCGCCGAACCAUUUUCAGUAGCUGUAUGGCAAGCGUUAGGAUUGUCUUAUUUGGUACUCGUUUUCACAUUAUUCAUAAUUGGAAGAUUAUCUUCAAGUGAAUGGCAUCAACGACAGAACAAGAAAUAUAUGGUUAAUCAAUUAUCGCUAUCGAAUUCUCUGUGGUUUGGUGCAGGAAGCUUUUUCAGGCAGAAUACGAACGUGAAGAUAAGUUCUCUGUCAUCAAAAAUUAUUUCAUGCUGUUGGUGGACAGUCUGCUUCUUUACUCUGGCAAUGUACAUUGCUUUUUCGAUAUCUAGGAGUUCUACUCGUAUAUCUAGUAAAGAAGUUAUUUUCAAUGAUGUCAAUGAACUAGUAGAAAAAGCAGAAAGCUACGGAAUAAAAUUCGGCGCAUUGAAAGGAGGAGCAACCGAAGCUUUUUUCAAAAGUUCUUCAUCCGAAGUUCAUGAAGCUAUAUCCACCUACAUGGAAGAACAUCCAGAAUAUAUGACUGUAUCAACAGACGAAGGAAUUCAAAGAGUAGAGCAGGAAAAUUAUGCUUUUUUCAUGGAAUCAGCUACGAUCGAAUAUGCCGUCAAGAGGCACUGCAGUUUGUCUAGUUAUGGUGGCUUAUUAGAUAACAAGGAAUUUGGAAUAGCUGUUAGAAAAGGUUCAACAAUACUGAAUCCUCUCAAUAAGGCUAUUUUGAAACUGCACACUUCUGGUGACAUUUUGAGACUCAAGAGAAGAUGGUGGGAGGAACGAAAUGCGGGAGAAACCUGCGACGUCGAACCCGAAGCGGAAGCAACUCCCAAAGGAUUUUCCCAUAUAGAGGGGUUGCUUUGGAUAACUCUAAUUUCAACAUUACUGGCGUUGGUUUCUUCGGUAGUUGAGUUUUCACUCUUCGUGCAUAAUUUGAGUAAAAAACUGAAACAAUCAUUCGGCCGCACAUUUUUUCAGGAGCUGAGAGGUUCUUUCAGCCGCACGAAAAGAAGUCGAGAAAUUGAGCCGAUUCUACUGGGCAAGUUGGAAAAUGAAAGAAAUGCAACCCCUGAAUCACUGGAAAUGUCUUGAGAUUGUCAUUAAAAAGACACACCUGCUUGCUUUCGAUAAUAGAUUGGUCGAUUCUCCUUCCAGAA